AUGGAAAUUUAACUUUCUCAUUUUAUCUAUAGUGAAAGAUCUGCUUUGAAUAUGGCUUAUCAAGGAUUAACAAAUGAAAAUGAUGAAAUAAUUUAUGCUUUACCUAUGCCUGGAAUUAAAAUCAAUAAAGCAACAGGAGUAGCUACAUCAAAACCAAGUGAUUCCCCUUAGGACUGGGUUACUUUAAGAGAUUUACAAAAUAAAGCAGACUUUAUCAAAUCAAGCCUGAAUGGGCUAAUUUCAAAGCAAUUCCAAUAAUUGAUGUUCCUAAAUAUGGUAAUUUAACUGCUUUGA